GAUUGAGAGCGGAGUUCUUGGUGGGAAAGGGAGCUUUCUUUCCGUCUUGGGCUUGAUUCGCGGAAGGGAGCCGCUUCCCGAAGCUGGGGGCCUGCCGGAGAGGGACCCGUCCUUAGCUGGGGAUGAUAGGAGUUGCAGUCCAAGUCGCCUGAAGGGUUAAAUGGAUCGCCACUCCAGCUUCAUCUUCGUGUGGCUGCAACUGGAGCUGUGCGCCAUGGCCAUCCUCCUGACCAAAGGUGAAAUUAGAUGCUACUGUGAUGCCGCGCAUUGUGUCGCCACAGGCUACAUGUGCAAAUCCGAGCUCAAUGCUUGCUUCUCCAGACUGCUUGACCCACAGAACAGCCAUUCUCCACUUACUCAUGGCUGCUUGGACUCUCUUGCGAGCACCUCAGACCUCUGUCAAGCCAACCUGGCACAAAACCACUCUGGAAUGACAAUCCCCAAGUUGGAGUGUUGUCACGAAGACAUGUGCAAUUACAAAGGGUUAUAUGAUGUCCUCUCUCCUUCCAGAGGAGAGCUUUCAGGACAAGGCAGCAGAUACCAGCACGAUACCAGCAGGAACCUCAUCACAAAGGUCCAGGAGCUGACCUCCUCGAAAGAACUCUGGUUCAGGGCUGCCGUGAUUGCGGUCCCCAUUGCCGGCGGGCUGAUCUUGGUGCUGCUCAUCAUGCUGGCGCUGCGCAUGCUCAGGAGCGAGAACAAAAGACUGCAGGACCAGAGGCAGCAAAUGCUCUCCCGGCUGCACUACAGCUUCCACGGGCACCAUUCUAAAAAGGGACAGGUGGCCAAGCUGGACUUGGAAUGCAUGGUGCCAGUGACGGGUCACGAAAACUGCUGCCUGACCUGCGACAAAAUGCGACAGCCAGACCUCAGCAAUGACAAAAUACUCUCACUAGUCCACUGGGGAAUGUAUGGUGGGCACGGAAAACUGGAGUUCGUGUGAUCACUUCUUUUUUUCUGUGUGUUUUUCCUUUUUAAAUAUAUAUAUAUUUUAAAAAAACAUUGUUCGUAAAAUGACUAGGAAAUCUUUUCAAAGGCCUUUGGGUUCUGCUGGACAGGAGCACUUUAUUAUCCGGAGGGGAGGGGGACCUACAGUCAUUAAGUCAUUUUUUAAAAAGAAAACUACAGGACUGCUGCAGACCGAACCUUGGAGAUGUCUUCUGAAGGAUUCCAAAAGUUACUUUAUUUGCACAGAGUACAUACACUCAAAUGUCUUGUUUGCUUUGAAAUUAUGAAAGCAAAAAACGAGAAGUUAUACACACUGUUACCAGGGUCAUCUGAACUGUAGGGAGGAGGGCGUUGAGUUAUACUAUUAAAAUUGUAUGCAAGUUCUGAUGUAAAGAUUUUUUUUUAAAUACAUAUUAUAUAUAUA